AUGCCACAUACAGCAAAAGGCAACUCAUCGCCGACGUCCUCGACGACCGAUGAGACCGUGACCCCGCCAAACAGCCCCCCGCUGCCGCCGUCGUACCAAGAUGUCAUAACCUCUCCCGCCACAGCGGCCGCGGGCAGUCCCUCCGUUGCAACGGCCAAGUCUGCGAGGCCCGGGACCGGCCGCCCUUCCCUGGCGCGCACCCAGCCCGACACCCUCCGCUGCUCGACCUGCUCCUGCGACGUCGCCUUCUCCUCCCAGAUCGUGAGCAAGGGCUUCACGGGCCGCUACGGCCGCGCCUACCUCGUCGCGCCGACCCCUCCCCCCUCCGCGCCCGUAUCAGGCGGCGCCCCUCCCGCCUCCAAGAUCGGCAACAACGGCCCCGCCGGCCCCGGCACCCUCGCCAACGUUCGCAUCGGCAAGUGCGAGAACCGCCAGCUCGUCACGGGCUGGCACGUCGUUGCCGACAUCACCUGCGUCCUCUGCAACGCCAAGCUGGGCUGGAAGUACGUCGACGCCAAGGAGCUCAGCCAGAGGUACAAGGUCGGCAAGUUCAUACUCGAGGUCGAGCGCGUCGUGCCCUUCCGCAGCUGGGAGGACGCCCCGGCCGACGGCCACGGCAUCUCGGAGGACGGCGGGGAGGAGGGGGAGGAGCAGGAGCAGGAGUCUGAAGGGGAAGGCGACAAGGUGAGAGAUGGCGGCAGGCGCCGGAGCGACGAUGCCGAGUCCGCGGAAGCCGCUGGCAAGGGGGGUGAGUCGGACGGCGGCGAGGAGGUCGACAUCGUGUUCGAUUCCGAGGACGAGGACGACCUCGAGGACCUGUUCUCCGGGAACUGGGACCCGGAGGUCGUGGCCAAGAGGCGGAGCCGCCGCGUGACGACGGCGCGGAAGAAGUAG